AUGGAGCCUCAGACUGGAGCCACCACACCUUCAGUGUCAAUCUCGGAACCGUUGCCGGUCCAGAUAGAGCUACUGAAUCCUGAUGAUUGGAGCGGCAUCACGAGCUCCGCAGAGAGGAGGCGGCGGCAGAAUCGCGUCAACCAGCGCACGUGGCCAGUUACCGAUGAGGUCGGCCCUGCACGGCAGAUUGCUCUGGCCGACAGAGCCGAGCAUCUCGCAGUCACUAACAGGGCUGUGAUUCUGGCCCAAGGCUAUCUUCUUCUCCCGACUGCUGAUAGGCGAGCCAAAGCCCGGCUCUUCACCUCAAGCGCCUACAAUGACUACAGGAGCGGCGUCCCGCAGCCGGGAUAUCUUCCCGCCCUAACCCACCUCAACGUCCUCGACGCCAUGGCCCGCAACGCAGCAGUCAUUGGCUUCAGCAUUGAAGGCCUCUGCCGCGAUGACCUCAUCUCACCCUUCAACACGCAUGGACCCGGUCUCCCGUGGGCUGGUGAGAUAGCAGCGGCCUGUCCAGCAACUCUACUACCGACGCCGGUCCAGCAAACAAUCAUCCACCAUCCAUGGGUAGACCUAUUUCCGAUCCCACGGUUUCGGGACAACGUGCUUCUCGCCGUGGCCGCGGGUGUGUUGGAUGAAGACGAGUUGUGCGCAGAUAUGUUGAGCCUGGACAACGGUCGCGGUGAAAAUGCCUCCCUUAUUGUCUGGGCUGGGUCGUGGGAUCCUCGAGGCUGGGAGGCGUCUAUUCCUUUCUUGCGAAAAUGGGGAUGGUUGCUGACGGACUGUCGUGAACUUUGUUUGGCGACGAACGAAUGGCGUGACCGGAGAGGGGAGAAAAGACUGGUCUUCUAA